ACCCUGCCACUGCAAGGCGUGCUUUUAUUUUGGAGGAAAAAGAAACGUGUUAAAAAUGAUUGCGGUACAUUAUAUGUUAUAUGCUUAUUCGGUAUUUCAGUGCUUACUGAAACGAUAGGACGUAGCGGUGCCUGUUACGUGAGCUAGAAAAACGUUACAUCAUCUGUUAUCUAGCUGAAAUUUUUCACCAUCAUUUUAAUAGAAAACAGUCUACAUAUGGCAAGGAGCCUUGUAAGAAUAUGCAAUGGCUUUAAACGCCUCGGUUCUCUCUCAUCUAUACCGACUCAACUCAGCCAGCAGUCAGCCAGCGUUUCAGUCAGGACCACCGCUGUCCGGAGCAUGGUGGCACUGCAAUCGCUCUUUUCCUUCAAGCCUCGGGACUUCAGCCUGCCCAACUCCUCCUGGGGCUCAGAAAUGAUGCGGUUGUACGAGCAUUAUGACAGCCAGUGUGAGGUGGAGACAGAGGGAGGAGAGAAACAGGAGGGGCCGUGGCAGAGACUGCCAAGCUACAAUCGCUCCCUCAAGUAUGCUACAGGUGGAAUUUAUCUUAGUAAGAUGAUCCAGUCAAAAGCUCGUCUUUUUACCCGGAACAUCAGAGAGACGGGGGCAGCGUUCGAGUAUGUUUGUUUUGUUAACAGUGAGGAGCAGAAGUGUGUGUGCAUUUUACAGGCUGGACACCUGCUGGAGGGGCCGCCAGGACAUGUCCAUGGGGGGGCGAUAGCCACUAUGAUUGAUACAGUGACAGGGACUCACGCUACUUUCCUCUCUGGGCCAGUUAUGACGGCCAACCUCAACAUCAACUACCGCAGCCCCGUUCCUCUGGGAAGCACAGUGGUGCUUGAAUCCUCUCUGGAUAAGAAGGAAGGCAGAAAAACAUUUAUUACAUGUAAAGUGACCAGCAGCGAUGGCUCCAAACUGCACACAGAAACAACAGCUCUGUUCCUGUCAGUCAGUGUCAGCCACCUACUGGGAGCGUGACACAAACACACCAGCCUACCUCUUACCCAAGCAAGCUGAGGCCACAACAUGUGUGUGUGUGUGUGUGUGUGUGUGUGUGUGAUAGAGUCAGAGUGUGUGUGAGAGAACGAGUGUGUCACUGGUGUGGAGUAUUUUUUGGGGAGUGUGUACUUAUUUGCCAUGUGAUUCAAGAUAACUUGUCUAUAUGACAUUGUUGACCUUUCACAGGCCAAUAACUUAACAAAUUUGACAGUUUUGUUUAACGUUUACUAGACUACCUCUGCUUAGUGUUAUUAACACAUCAACAGUACAUAUCUACACAGUAUUUAUUUCACUAAAUGUAUGGGUUAUUUAUUGUAACUUUUACAAUAUUUAUCGAUUUAUGUAACAUGGGGCACUUGGAAGUAAGAUUAUUGCUCAAAAUGUAAUGACAAUGGAUAUUAUGUUUCUUCCAAUAAAGCCUUACCUAUUGGUAUGAUUUGAUUAUUAAAUUAUGUGUUUAUUUGUCAACAAGUUAAAUAGUUUGCAACAAGGAAUAAAUAUUGCAUUGUUUUGGUUAGUAUUAUGUUGUUUUUGCUUCUAAACUUCCAAAAAAUAAGGGAGAGAAGACUGGGUCAACUGGAUUCCAAAAAAACCUAAGCUGCAUACACUGCAAAAAAAGAAAAGUUGGAUGAACUCAAAAUUUCAAGGCAACAAACUUCAAUAAAAUUUUAAGUUGGACAAUUAAACUAAAUAUUUUAAGUUUUGUUUUUGAGUCUGCUCAACUCAGUCUUGUCAACUCAACUGUAAGUUGUAUUAACUUACAAUUUUAAAUUGUAAUAUCUUUUAAUCCUUACUUCUGCUAACUUCUGCAAUGUGCUCAAUUGGCACGAUUGUAACGCCGCUAUGAACUGUCAGCUAAUGUUGCGACCACAAUUUUGAGUUAGCAGUGAUACGCUAAUGGCUACUCUUGUAGCUUUAACAAGCAGCCUAGCUAGCAUCAGUUAGCCGCUAGCAUCAGUUAGCCGCAAGCAUCAGUUAGCCGCUAGCUU